GGCGAGGCGGCGGCCAUGUCGGUGUCGUGCGGCCUGGAGUGCGUGCUCUGCGUCGGCUGCGUGCGCUGGGCCUGGAAGCGCCUCACCUACAUCGGCGCCUACGACAGCGAGACCUGGCCGCCCGCCGCCGCCGACGACUUCCACCCCGUCCCGCGCAUCUGCCAGAUCAUCAUGGCCAUCAACGAGGACGACCUCGCCAACCCCAAGUUCGCGCCGCCCGGGCUCGGAUACGCCGACAUCGACGCCGCCGGCAUCGUCAAGCGCACCACCUACGCCGACGUCGGCGCAGACUGCCCGCCCUACAUCGUCUACGUCGACCGCCGCCACAACGAGGUCGUCCUCGCCGUCCGCGGCCUCAACCUCGUCCGCAACGCCGACUACCAGGUCCUCAUGGACAACAAGCUCGGCAAGCAGAUGUUCGACGGCGGCUACGUGCACUACGGCCUGCUCAGGGCGGCGCAGUUCAUCCUCGAGAAGGAGACGGACGCGCUGCGGGACCUGCUGCGCAAGCAAGGGCCCGGGUGCAGGCUCGUCUUCGCGGGCCACUCGCUCGGCUCCGGCAUCGCUGCGCUCAUGACCAUACUCGUCGUCAACAACCGCAGGGCGUUCGACGAUAUUCCCAGGAGCCACAUACGCUGCUACGCGCUCGCGCCCGCACGAUGCAUGUCGCUCAACCUCGCCGUCAAGUACGCAGACGUCAUCUACUCCGUCGUGCUGCAGGAUGAUUUUUUGCCAAGGACGCCAACACCAUUGGAAUACAUAUUUGGGUCUAUAUUCUGCCUGCCCUGCUUGAUAUUCCUCGUUUGCUUGAGAGAUACAUUUAAACAAGACAAGAAAAAGUUCAAAGAUCCUAGAAGAUUGUAUGCUCCUGGCCGAAUGUAUCAUAUCGUUGAGAGGAAAUUUUGCAGAUGUGGAAGAUACCCACCUGAGGUGAGAACUGCUAUUCCGGUGGAAGGACGGUUUGAGCAUGUUGUGUUAUCAUGCAGUACAACUUCCGAUCAUGCGCUUGCUUGGAUUGAGCGGGAAUCAAUAAAGGCUUUAGAGCUAAUGAAGGAAAACGGGAAUGCAACGACUCCACCUGCUCAACAGAAGAUGGAGAAGUUGCAUAGUUUUCAGGAAGAACACAAGAGUGCGCUCGAGAGAGCAAAAACCUUGGAGGUUCCUCACGCGAUAGACAUUUCCGAAGAGGAAAACCAUGUGGGUGUUUGCCCUGCCCCAUCCUCCGAUACUCACAGCGAGACGACAUCAGAAGCUAAAUCUGCAGGAAGAACCAGCUGGGAUGAGCUAGUGGACAAACUUUUCACGAGGGAUGAAGAUGGGAAGCUUAUUGUGAACAGGGACAUGGUGGCGAAGGAAGUUGUUGUCGAGUAAUGACGGCCCCAAGCUUUUUAGACUAUUUUUGUAACACCGUAAUCCACCCUUCGCUAGCUGUAUACAUGAGUGCAUAGUGGGAAUCUUGUUUUUACCCUCUCAGGAAUUUUGUUUUUGAGAGCGAGCCAUUUCUCUGGCAGAGGAAAUCGGUCGCAGAUGCCUAGCGCCAAGGGCUGUCUUUGUGUAUAGAUAGAUAUCAUCUGUGUAUUCUUGACUCUGAAAGGUCUUGCGCGUCGAUUAAUAUGAGUAUAUUGUAGUA